GCUUGCUCGUUUUGACCCCUCCCCUCUCCCCCCAUCUCUCUUCUCUCUCGCUGUGUACCAGAGCCAGAUAAAAAAAAGGUUGAUAAUGGGUUUAGAAACAAACAAUCACGAUAUGGAGGAGGGAACGCUCGAGAUCGGCAUGGAGUAUAGAACUGUUUCUGGAGUUGCUGGACCUCUUGUUAUACUUGAAAAAGUGAAGGGACCCAAAUAUCAAGAGAUUGUUAAUAUUCGUUUGGGAGAUGGAUCAACCAGACGUGGUCAAGUCUUGGAAGUUGAUGGGGAGAAAGCUGUUGUUCAGGUUUUUGAAGGAACCUCUGGCAUUGACAACAAGUUUACAACUGUGCAAUUUACUGGAGAGGUUUUGAAAACUCCAGUCUCAUUGGACAUGCUUGGCCGCAUUUUUAAUGGUUCUGGGAAGCCUAUUGAUAAUGGUCCUCCUAUUUUGCCUGAAGCUUAUUUGGAUAUAUCUGGGAGUUCAAUCAACCCUAGUGAAAGAACCUAUCCUGAGGAGAUGAUUCAGACAGGGAUUUCGACAAUUGAUGUCAUGAAUUCUAUUGCUAGAGGACAGAAGAUCCCUCUGUUUUCUGCUGCUGGUCUUCCCCAUAAUGAAAUAGCUGCUCAAAUAUGUCGCCAAGCAGGUUUGGUAAAGCGAUUGGAGAAGUCUGAAAAUCUUCUUGAGGGUGGGGAGGAGGAAAAUUUUGCCAUUGUAUUCGCAGCUAUGGGUGUAAACAUGGAAACUGCACAAUUUUUCAAACGUGAUUUUGAGGAAAAUGGGUCAAUGGAAAGAGUGACCCUCUUUCUAAACUUGGCAAAUGAUCCUACAAUUGAACGUAUUAUCACACCUCGUAUUGCUCUUACAACUGCAGAAUAUUUGGCAUAUGAAUGUGGGAAGCAUGUUCUUGUCAUAUUAACAGAUAUGAGUUCUUAUGCUGAUGCUCUUCGUGAGGUGUCUGCUGCCCGAGAAGAAGUACCUGGAAGGCGUGGUUAUCCGGGAUAUAUGUACACUGAUUUGGCAACAAUAUAUGAGCGUGCUGGUCGUAUUGAAGGGAGAACAGGCUCCAUCACCCAAAUUCCAAUUUUGACUAUGCCAAAUGACGAUAUAACUCAUCCCACCCCUGAUCUUACUGGAUACAUCACAGAGGGACAGAUUUAUGUUGACAGGCAGCUACAAAAUAGGCAGAUUUAUCCUCCUAUCAAUGUCCUCCCAUCUCUGUCUCGUCUCAUGAAGAGUGCCAUUGGUGAGGGAAUGACUCGCAAGGACCAUUCUGAUGUGUCCAACCAGCUGUAUGCAAACUAUGCUAUUGGGAAGGAUGUUCAGGCCAUGAAAGCAGUGGUUGGAGAAGAAGCUCUUUCUUCUGAAGAUCUGCUAUAUUUAGAGUUCUUGGACAAAUUUGAGAGGAAAUUCGUUGCUCAAGGAGCUUAUGACACCCGCAAUGUCUUCCAGUCACUUGAUUUGGCAUGGACUCUGCUUCGCAUCUUUCCCCGUGAGCUACUCCACCGUAUACCUGCUAAGACCCUUGACCAGUUCUACAGCCGAGAUGCAGCUAAUUGAGAAAAGAAGUUUGUAGUCUUUUGAUUAUUUUCUUUCUAUGAGCUAUAAGAAGUUGAUCUGUCCAAAGUUCCUUUUCUUCAUAAAUAAUAAGGUAGUGUGCCCAUUUGGGUCACGAAUUUGAAGGUGUCCGGCUCGUCGAAAGACCAAAAAAAUUGAGGACUGUGCUACCUUGUAAUUUAUUUAUUAGCUGGUCAUGAUGAUACCUCUUACCCAGUCGUGGGACUUAUAGUAAAGUUAGGGCCUGGCCUUAUGUGA